UCCGAAGCAUAGCUAUGCCCUUUACAGUUACCGCUUGAACCUAACCCCAUCCGGCAGUAUUACAUCACGCGUCUGGACGUGUUGUUUACCCCGACAUCAUCUCUCUAUUUCUCUACAAGUCCUCAAGUCCAGUACACCCAAUCUUCGUCGCAAGACUAAAUUCUCUCAAAUUACUUAUACUCACCAUGCCAACCGCCACCACCACCAACGUGCUCGACCUCACCACUGACAACGAGAUCAAGCCCGAGUUACUCAACGCCAUCGAGUCCGUCAAAGCCUCCACACUCCGCAGCGUUCUCAUGCAGCUAUGCCAGAAGUCAACAAUCUGCGCAAGUAACCUCGAAGAAAUAAUGCUAGUUCCGGACCCGCAGCUCCAAAGCACCACAACGAAUGGAUCGGCGACCAACGGCUCGAAAAAGCGGAAGCUCGAGACUAAAACCUCUCGGUAUGCGCGUUGCGUCCAAUGCAAAGAAGACUACGAUAUAGUCUUAAACGAGCAGUCGGGCGAAGAACAGUCCUGCAGAAGACACGAGGGUGUUCUGGAGAUGAAUGAGGACGCUUUCCCGGACGACGACGACGUUCAAUACUAUGGCCACAAGAUCGAUGUCGAAACCGAUUGGCGAGUGGACGAGUUUCCAGAAGACUUCACGUGGACGUGCUGCGGGCAGCAUGGGAAGGAGGCAGAACCGUGUCUUCGUAGCAGGCAUUGCAAAUCGAAGACCGGUGAAGGGCGGGGGAAGGUCUUUCGGCUCGUUGAUGGAGAUUUUCCGGCAGGCGAUGGAGAUGAGAGCGAGAGUGAGUGAUGAGGAUGACGGGGAUAAGGCUGAGGAUGAUUAAGGGUGGUGUAGAAGAAUCACAAGGGGCGAAAGAGAUGAACGCUGCAAUGGACUUGUUUAAGAACUAGGAAAAGCUUUCUCCCUAUUUGGUCAAGCUCUUCGACGCUACUUUCUGUACAACUACAUGUUUUCAAAUAGUUUCAAUCUGUCACGUGUGGAGCUUUCAGCAUACA